AAUAAUCCACAAAUAGCGGCAAUAACAGCAACAGCUGCAUAAAGUGCAACAACGACAACAACAACAGCCCAGCAAGCAACGCCGCCAAUCAUUUUUUCUAUUGUAAAUCAAAAAAUGAAGGAAGAAGUAAAAUAAAACAGAACAGAGCAAAACAAACAAAAUCGUCAACAACAACCACAACAACAUCAUCACCAUUGGCCCGUUUCAUAUAUAUGUAUAUGUAUAUGUAUAUAUGUGUGUAUUUAUAUGUGUGUCUUCAAUUUCCGUAUAUAUAUAAAUAUGAAUGUAAGUGAAUGUGGAUCUCGCUUACCGAUCAAAUCAUGUGAGAUUACAAAUCUAAAAUACUAGAAAUAAUUGCCACAAAAAAUAAAUAUAACGUACAUCUUGAGAAAAUGAGGUGCUGUUGUUGUGCAAAAAUUAAAAGCCAAGAACUAUGACGCACCAAAAUCAUCAGACAAACGGCGCAAGUUUGGAGGAUUGCCAUACAAACUUUUAUGCCUUGACUGAUUUGUGUGGAAUAAAAUGGCGCAAGUUCGUCAAUGUGGAGCGGCCAAAUGCGUCGAGCAAUCCAUUGUCCGAUCCCAUACUCCGCUCAUAUUCCCGAUGCAUGCAAGCAGACAUGCUCUGCGUGUGGAGGCGUGUUCAAUCCACCAAACAGGACAACACCGAUCCAAAUGCCUUAACCUUUGAGAUUACCACAUCGACAAAAGUACACCCGCCUUUAUCUUUGGCUGCGGCCAAGGAACUCUGGAUAUUUUGGUAUGGCGAGGAGCCGGACCUCAGCGAGCUGGUUGAUGCCGAAUUGCUGAGAAUAGCGGCCAAUCAAGCGCUUUGGAAUGGCACCUGGAAAGGCGAACUCACCUAUGAGUGCCGCUCGUUGCUUUUUAAAGCGUUGCACAAUCUCAUGGAGAGAUUUGUGCUCACUAAGGAUAUUGUGCGCUUUGGCAAAUGGUUUGUGCAGCCCUGCACAUCGAGCGAUCGCCUUUUUGGUCGAAGCUCCCAGCACUUGUCCUUCUCGUUCACCUUCUUCGUGCAUGGAGACACGGUAUGCGCCUCAAUUGACUUACGAGAGCAUCCGGCCGUGCGUCCACUAACUAAGGAACAUUUGGCUGAGGCUGCGGCCGCCUUUGCGGCAGCCAAUGCGGCCCAAUCAUCAUCAGCGGCGUCGCCGCAUUCCCACGAACAAAAUGCAGGGUCGGCAACGCUGCCCGAAAACUCCCCAACAGCGGGGAUGGAUCCGCAGAGUGGCGAGGUGGCUGCCAAACCGUCUUCGACACCGGCGCAUGCGCGCAAGGUAAUGCUGGCACCGUUCGGCAUUGCAGCAAUACUCACCGGCAAUAGCUAUAAAGCCAGUGAUCCGAUGGCCGAGAAGAUACUGGAAGAUUGGGCUUCAUUUUUCCCACUGUGCAAUAAGGAUAACACGGAUGUGCCACCAGUGGUUGAAGUGGUGUCGGGUGGUCAUAAGAUGUAUCAUCCCACGAAUUAUGUACUAGUCACAGAUCUGGAUGAUAUGGAGCACUUGGAAUACACGGAGCUGCAUAAGGCGCAGGGAGCAGCGGCCACCACAUCGGCUGAAACAGCCAUGUUGGCCUCUCUCGGCUGCUCCUCCAGUCCUCCAGUGUCCACAGCCGCUACAGCUUCCGGUACCAUGCAUGUCGCCGGAAAGGAGGCGGCGCUGGCAUCUCGCAAGCCGACCUCACAUGCGGUCAGCGCUUUGGAACGUCUAACGUUUCAACCCUACUACGAUCAACGUCCAACAUCGGGUUUCACCUUCAACACCAACAAUACUCACAUACCCGCGUCGGCUGCUGUCGAAAUGCCCGAACGCGCUUGGCAGGAUUCUGUGACGAAUAUGCUGCAUGUGGAUGCGGCUGCCGCCGCCGAUGAAGAUGAGCAGAACAAGCCGCCACCUGGGCUGCAGCAACAAUUGCAGCAACAGCCGGACUCCAAGCAGCUGGUUCAGCAGCAAAUACAACAACAGCAGCAGCAGCAGAAACGCCAAACCCUUUGGAACUUUGUGGAUCCCAUGCAAAAGGCCCCCUGCACCUGCACAAAUACACAAUGCAACAGCACCAAACGACAGCACGGUAACAGUAACAGCAACGUUGGCUCACCUCUGAAUGCAGCGCUGCGUGCUGUUGUUGGUAGCAGCAGCAAUAGUGCUAACAGCAAAGCCAUUAGCAGUCACCAACAACAACAACAACAACAGCAGCAGCAACAACAACAACAACAGCAGCAGUAUCAACAUCAGCAACAACAACAACAUCAUCAUCAGCGAUCGGCAGCGAGCUCAACAACAUUAACAGUGCAUCAUUCCAGUAACAGUGCUGUUAGUUGUUACAACUCUUACAACUCCUCGGCCUGUUCGCCUGCGUCGACGUCAACUUCAUCUUCUGCUGCGUUGAAGCGUCAAAUUGUGCCGUUUCAUAAGCGUUUUCUAAACGCUCUUACCACUUCGUCGUCUUCUGCAUUCAAAUCUAACCUAAGCAAGUUGUCUACAAACAACAACAACACCACUUCCUACUCUACAACAACAUCAACAACAACUAUAUCAGACACCAAUAUACCAAAACAACAACAACAAAGACAUCAAUUGGCCGCUGUCAGCAAUACACCACAUGGCACACCCCAUGGAGGUGCCUCUACAUAUUCGCGUAACUCGAUGGGCGACUCUUCCAUGCCGGUGGCCUCGGUGGGUUCACCAGCAACCCCAGCGCCCUCGCCUCAUCCCAAUUCGGCGCAUUCACAGCCCACAUCGGUGCCGCCCGCUGAUCAACUGCUCAAUAUGAGUCCCCAUGCACCCACAUCCGUAUCGAAUUUGCAACAACCACCCACACCCAUCGACCAUUUGCUUGACAAGAAUACGCCCGCGCCAACGCCAACAGAUCAACACGAUAGCAAAAGCAUCACUGCCUCACCUUAUGUGCAUCAAACGCCCAGUGUGGAGCCACCUUCAUACAAUGAGGCGGUGCACGGGGGUCCAACUGGAGCUGGAGGAGCUGCGUCAGCUGCACAACCCACUGGCGGACCCAGCAGCGUCUCCCAGCCAGCAAGCGUCGGUCGAUGUACGCCUACAACGGGGGCUGUUUCAGGGGGAGCAUCCACAACGACUGGUUCCGGAGGCCAACAGCAGGCGGCGCCGCAAUGCGGCACAAUCAGUGUGAAGAAACUGGAAAUGCAACAACCUCAAUCCUUAACCGCAUUGCAUCCAGUUGAAGUGAAACAGGAGCCGGGCCUGCUGCCGACUACUGCUUCUGGUCGACUGGGUGACCUGUGUACAACCGCGCCCGCACCAACCUCGACCAUUUCCACCACAGAGGCCAUGAACAACCUGCUGAAGCUGUACAACCCGCCGAAGCUAACCCUAAGAAACAACGAUAGCUUUCAUGACGGAGAGUGGCUGAAAGAUAUCAUCUAUGACUUCAGUUUUCAAGACUCAUGGGACUACCUGCCUGUGAAGCGAGCCAAACUAAAUGAGGCAAACAAGCAGCGACCGCCACGACAUCUCAAGAACCUCUACGAAGGCCACAAGCACUUCAAACCUCAAAUGCCCUCGCCGGGGUCCGUUUAUGGUGCCCAGUUGCUCUCAAUUGACGCCAGUUCGGCGAUACAUACUGCAGUUGGUGGCGGUUCUGGAGCCAGUGGCGGACUGGUGGGCAUUGCUGUUGGUGCUGGUGGCACUACAAAUACCAAUGGCACGGGAACCAGCAAUGGCGACGACCGUGACAAUGUGCUGGCUGGCGGGUACUUUCAGGGCCUGGACAUUAAGACCGAGCCGGGUCUGCAUUCACCCUGCAAGGAAUCCAAAUCGACCAGCACCGGUGGUAAUCUAUUCACAGCCGAAGGCCUCAACCCCUCUCUCAACGAUCUCGAGCAGCUCUUCGAGACCUCUUCGAACGAUGAGUGCAGCAGUGCGCAGAUUCAUACGCCGCCAGACUCGAACAACCCCUCGAACGGUGGGUGCAGCACCAUUACCAACACCAUCGACGAGUUGAAGCGCAGCACCGCCAUGGCUAAUGUGGUCGCUGCUGGCAACUCAAUGGCCAUGGCUUCUCUCCAGAACUGCAACAACAGUUCUGGCGCAAAUACCAUACAGGCUGAGGACUUGACAAAAAUGUUCCCGACCCCACCGUCGCACGAGCAACAGCAUCCGAAUUCCAGUCCCUGCCAGACGGAUGUCGUCAUGACCGAUCUCAGUGUGGAUACAACAACAACAACAGCAACGACAGCUGUUGCCGUGGCAACAGCAAAUGUGCCUCUUGUGGCGCCCACGUUGACAUCUGUACCCUCAGCCCUUGGUAUGCUGAGCAUGAAAGCGACCAUUAAGCAGGAAUAUUCCGUAGAGCUGGGCAGUCCCGUGCUGGAACCUAUCGAUGAUUGGUCCUAUGUGUACCGACCGCCACAGCAGGAGAAAUUCGUGGGAUCCACCUGCUUUGCCCCACUAACCAAUCUGCCCAGUCAAACUUUGCCACCCCUAGUAAUAACCCCGAACUGUUACUAUAAGCCCACGUGGACGAAGCAGAAGUCGCAUGCAGCAGCCGCGGCCAAAGCUGCAGCAGCUCAGCAGCAGCAACAACAAAAGCAUCAGCAACUCCAGCACCACAUCCAGCAGCAUCAACAACACCAACAAAUGCAGCAACAGCAGCAACAACAACAGCAGCAGCAGCAACAACAACAGCAGCAGAAACACAAACAUCAGCAGCUUCAUGAACUGCUCUCGGCCGGGCCGCGCACUCCAUUACAGCAGCCACGUACGCCAUUGGGACCCAUGCUGCCCUCUCCCAUGCAUGCUGGUGCUGGUGGUGGAGGAGGUGGACCCAAUACGGUGCCUCAACCUUUGAGCAGCGGAGGUAGCAAUCUGCUGCUAAAUCAGCUUAAUUGCCCCCAAGCUGCUUUAACCAACACACAUCUAAUGCAGCGGGCUGGCAUGUCUCCCAUAUCACCCGGACCCGGUGUGGUACCCUUCCCCCGCAGCAGUCCCAUGAUGCGACAAACGCCGAUACAUCCGCCGCCACCGUACGAGCUAGCCGUGGCCAGUCCGGCAACGUCCACCUCGUCGUAUUUGAACAAGCAGUACAAUUCGCAGGAACAUCCGCACACGCCUCAGAGUAUGCAUCAUAUGCAGCAACAUCCUCAUGGCUCUAUGCACAGCAAUCCCGGCAGUAUUCACGGCAACGUUGUGUCUGGCAUGGGAGGUGGUGCUGGUGGCGGUGGAGGUCCAGGCACCAUGGCGCUCUACACCGGUGACGCAGGCGUCGCCAGCAGUAGCCAUGGAGGUGUCGCUGCUGCCAAUCUGCUCAAUGAACUGCCCGAAGUUAAUAGCGUACUGGUCAAUAUUUUGCUGUACGAUACGGCCUUAAAUGUGUUCCGGGAUCACAACUUUGACAGCAGCACUGUGUGCGUCUGCAAUGCGGACACGCAGAAGAUUGGCAAUAUACGUGGCGCAGAUUCUGGUGUUUAUGUGCCGCUUCCCGGUGGCAGUUUCAAUCCAUUUCCCACGGUGGGGUCUGGCUCGAAUACAACGCGAUUGCUGGCGGGCUUACCCAAUGGGCCGGCCUCUUCCAAUUCGAAUUCAUUUGGCGGUGGCAGUAGUGGGGGUGGCAUGCGUAUGAUCAGUGCCUUUGGCGGUGGACUGGACUCACCCGCCUCGCUGCCCGGAGCUGGCUCUGGGCAUGCCGGCUCCAAUUCGUCCUCAUGCACGCCGCCCAGCAGUAAUCCUCACAUUACUGGCUAUGUGGAUGACGAUCCAGUGGAUUGCACCUGCGGUUUCAGUGCUGUCGUCAAUCGCCGUCUCUCCUACCAUGCCGGUCUCUUCUACGAAGAUGAGCUGGAGAUUACGGGCAUCGCGGCCGAUCCAGGACGCAAUAAGCAGCCCACACUCUUGAGCCUCAUUCAGACCCUGUGCCGCAAGAAUCAAGCCCAGUCGACGGGGCUGCAGUCCAAGGCCUCAGAUGGUGCGACGACAGCGGGCGCGCUAGAAAAAUCCGGUCAAGGGCAGUUGGAACAGCUGACGCAUACCAUCUUCGACCUGCUUCUUGAUCAGUGCUCCAUCAUUCAAACGUCCAGCAGUUCGGUGCAUCGAGCCCUGCAAUCGCAUCGACGGCGCAUGUCCCGCAAGAAACGUUUGUUCGGAAAUACUGGCGCCCCCGCCGCCUCAAUGGCCUCCAUUACCAAUGUCCUGGAGUUUAUGGAUGCCCACGAUGUGGUUACAUUAGCUUUGGAGCAGGCGCGCCUAGCCUUCGAGAGUCAGCGCAUGGAUCUAAUGGAGUUCGGUUCAUCGCAGCAUCAUCAUCAGCAGUUGUCCGCUUUUCAGGCAGCACCACCAGCACUGCGCCAGAAACUGCAGAUUCUGGGCAGUGGCCGCCUUACUGUGCACAAGUGGCCGUACCUGCCGGUGGGAUUUACCCGCAGCAACAAGGAAAUUGUGCGUACUAUGAACUCAAUUCAACCCAUGCUGCAGAAUGCCUUCCACUGCAAGUCCCGAGGUGGGGCCGCAGGCUCCAAGGAUGCCUCGUCGUAUAACACGGUCAGUGGACCGCUCACCUGGCGGCAAUUCCAUCGGCUGGCCGGCCGAGCAUCCGGCCAGUGUGAGCCCCAGCCUAUACCAUCCGUGAUUGUAGGGUAUGAGAAGGAUUGGAUAUCGGUGGCGCCUCAUUCCAUUCACUACUGGGACAAAUUCCUGCUUGAGCCGUAUUCGUAUGCACGCGAUGUAGUGUAUCUGGUUGUCUGUCCGGACAACGAGCACGUCAUCAAUUGCACGCGUACCUACUUCCGUGAGCUGAGCAGCACCUACGAAAUGUGCAAGCUGGGUCGACACACGCCGAUCCGAGGCUGGGAAGGUAUUCUUACGGUGGGUGGUGGACGUGGUAAUUCGUCGACAGCAAACCCAGCGGCUACGACGAUGACGGCGACAACCAAUGAGCAACCUACGCCCUUUGACGAUUGGCUACGCACCUUGGACCAUCCUCAGUUGGCCGAGCAGAUACGUCGCUAUGCGUCAGCCUUUCUGCAUCAGCUGGCUCCGUAUUUGAGUCGCGUUCCCACGGAUAAGACGCUUCUCAACCCGCCGGAUCAGUCGGGAACUGGAUGUAGUGGGACAGCAGGCACAACAAACAGUGGUGGAGGCCAGCGCACGGAACGUGGCAGUCCCAGCAACAGUGGCAAUGGACUCAACAAUGCCUCCACUACCGGCGACUGUGGUGUGGACACUCAAAUUAAAUUGGAGCCAGGCACUGAGCCGCCAAAUAGCGAGAGCGCCACCCAACAAGAUACUAAGCCAGAUAUCAAGGGCAGUGAUACGAAGCCGGCGCUUGUGCUUGGCGAUCCGCUGGGCGUGGGCGAAACCUUAGAGGAGAUAAAUCCACCGGCCAUUGUACUAUAUGUUGUGAAUCCUUUCACCUUUGCUACAGACAGCUUCGAGCUGGAACGUUUGGCCCUGAUCGCCCUCUUGCGCUGCUAUGCGGAACUAUUGAAGGCGUUGCCGGACUCGGUGAAGGCCAACAUGAAUAUACAGAUCAUAUCACUGGAGGCCAUCAUGGAGCUGGGCCCGUGCGGUAAUCGGAAACGCUUCUCGGACGAGAUCAAAUGUCUGGCCCUCAAUAUUUUCUCACAAUGCCGUCGCCACUUGGUGCAUGCACAAUCGGUAAAGAGUUUGACGGGUUUCGGCACAGCUGCCAACAUGGAAACAUUCCUCAAGACCAAGGACGAGCAGAAUCGUCGCGCCUACAAGAUGUACACGGCACCCUUUGUGCUGGCACCCAUGCAUGAGCGCAACGACAAGACGGACUUUUCGCGAGCCGCCGGCAGCAUGCAUGGCCAGAACGAGCAUCGCUACUCGGUCAUGUAUUGUAACUAUUGCCUGAGUGAGGACCAGGCCUGGCUGCUGGCAACAGCUACCGAUGAUCGUGGCGAGCUGCUGGAGAAGGUCUGCAUUAACAUCGAUGUGCCGAACCGCGCAAGAAGACGGAAAGCUCCCGCCCGCUAUGUGGCGCUGAAAAAGUUGAUGGACUUCAUCAUGGGUCUCAUUUCGCAGACCUCACAGAUGUGGCGUCUCGUCAUCGGACGCAUUGGCCGCAUCGGACAUAGCGAACUGAAGUCCUGGAGCUAUCUGCUCAGCAAGCAACAGCUCCAGAAGGCCUCCAAGCAGUUCAAGGAUAUGUGCAAGCAAUGUACUCUGAUGUAUCCACCCACCAUUCUCAGUGCCUGUCUAGUAACGCUUGAGCCGGAUGCCAAAUUACGGGUCAUGCCCGAUCAGUUCACUCCCGAUGAGCGUUUCUCCCAGAUAUCCAUGCAAAAUCCACUCUCAACGCCACAAGAUGUCACCUGCACGCACAUCCUAGUCUUUCCCACCAGUGCGGUGUGUGCGUCCUUUACGCGGCAAUUUCAAAAUGAGCCGCCAGUGGAUGAUGAUUUUCUCACGUUCGAGGAGGAGGGCAACGAGGACUUCUCCGAUGCCGACAUUGGUGAACUCUUCUGGGACACUCACAUGGAUCGCGUCUCGAAUCACGGCAGUCCAGGACGCAUGGAGGAUAAUCGUAGUUGGCAAAGCGCAGGCGGUAAUAACUUCAAGUGCACGCCCCCUCAGGAAGUAGAAGAGGUUGGCUCGCUCAAUCAACAGCCGAUUUCAGUUGGUUACAUGGUCUCAACGGCACCGACAGGUCCCAUGCCCGCCUGGUUUUGGUCCGCCUGUCCACAUCUGGAGAAUGUGUGUCCCGUCUUUCUGAAGACUGCGCUGCACCUGCAUGUGCCAAAUAUUCAAACAACAGAUGAUAUUCUGAAUUCGACCAACGCCCAUCAAUCGGCGAAUGAUCAUCCGCUCGACUCAACACUGACGGCCGAUGUUCUGCGCUUCGUGCUGGAAGGCUAUAAUGCGCUCUCCUGGCUUGCACUCGACUCGAAUACCCACGAUCGUCUUUCCUGUUUACCAAUCAAUGUCCAAACCUUGAUGGAUCUGUACUAUCUGACGGCAGCGAUUGCCUAAGGGCCGGAACCAAAUCAAAUUCACAUUCAACAUUUAUGCAAUAGAAGACGGUUUCCACACACACACACACACACACUCUCUCCCAUGCAUACACAUACAAGUACAUAUGCACCCUCUUCUACUACUCAGUAAUCUUUCUGUUACUGUUAAGUUUGCAAAACUCACACCUAAGCGAAUGCCGAGCUUCCGUUUGUACUGUACUUCCAAUAGUUUACUCGAAAACAAACAAAAUAUUAGUCAACCAACAACCAAUCAAAGAAACAGAUAACAAUGCAAAAGUGAAGUUAACAGUUCAACAACAACAACAACAACAACAACAACUAAAAGAAUAAGAACUAGUAGAAAAACAGCAACGCACAGUUUACAGCAACAUUAACAUAAACAUUAACAGAGCCCGCAGCCUUACAGCCAACACAACAGUUGGGCUAAAAAAAAGCAUACACACACAUUCAUUAUCGAUACAUAACAGAAAAAACUGAAGUAGAAGAUGAUGAUUGAAGAUAAUGAUGAUGAUGAUGAUCAUAUGUAGAUGAAAUUACUGUAAAGUCUUGAGCAGCAAACAGCAUUACUAUUUAUUAAACAAAAUAAAACUAAAAAACAAAAAAGGAUAACUGAAAAUCGAGUAACAUUUUUAAAGUGUAUGUCAAGUGCAAGAAUUUUUUUUUAAGGCUUGGAUGCCGCGCAAUUGUCGUGCGGUAUCGUUCGUUUUAGUGUUUAAUAUUUAUACAUAUACAAGAACAUAUAUUAUAUAUAUAUAUACAUAUAGAGCAUAUACACAAAAAAGUAACUUAUGUAUUAAGCAACAAAAAAUUUGUACAUAUUUACAACCACACACACAAAGUUAAGCAACGGCAACAACAAAAAGUGUAAUUAUACAAACUAAAAAUAAUAAACAAUAAACAAAAACAAACCAAUUAGCUUAAAAACAAACAAAACAAAAAAGAUAUCGAAAAAACUAUUUAAUUUUAAAUAUAAAUUAAUGAAAUUGUAUAAACUCUUGUGCAAAGCAACGGCAAAAAUUAGUUUAAAUUAUUAUUAUAGAGAUUUAAUGUAAAGAUUAAACGAGAGAACAGAAACCUUGAAUAACAGACGCUCUCCGCAUACACACAAACACAUAUAAGAAGAAACGGUAUACUGUACAUGCAUAUAUAACUACAUAUACAUAUAUAUCUCGACGCUAAGCGCAGAGCAGAAAGAGAAGGAUUAGCAGGAAGGGGGCUGGGAUGGGGAACGAGAAAAUAUAGUUACAGGAUCGGCGAAUUAGUUUAAUAGGCGUGGCCCCCCAAAAGUGUGCCACAACACCAUUUCAAAUUUGUUUUCUGUUGUCGUUUUCUGAAUUGUGUUAAGAAAAUAAUUCGUGACGAGCGAACAAAGCGCAAGCGUUUAGAAUAACUAAAUUGAGAUACAAAAUCGAAGGAAACUUUUGUACUUUACUCAGAACACACACCCACACAUUUAUGUAUAUAUAUUUAUAUAUAUACUCGUACACAGACCAACACAUAUAUACACAUACACACACACACCGACAACACAUAGCCAAUUGUUAAAAGAAAAUACUUAAAUGAAAAUUGUACAAAUUAAAAUAAUUUUUAAUGAUUGAAAAAAGCUUCCUACACUCACACCCACAUCCAUAAACACUUUUAUAUGCACACGUACAACAACAACAACAAAACAAACAACAAAUUGAUUUUACACGUUAAAAUAUUUCGA